UUUAUACAUGCUAGGUACAUGUGUGUAGAGAAUAAGCAGAGUAUUUUUGAGUUGGUUCCUUCAAUUAUGAGUAACAUGCUGAAUCCGGAUGCUAUUUUUUCAAACAAUGAAAUGAGCCUGUCAGACAUUGAAAUUUAUGGUUUUGAUUAUGACUACACGUUGGUCUUUUAUUCUAAACAUCUACACACGCUGAUCUUCAACGCUGCUCGAGAUCUCCUUAUUAAUGAGCAUCGGUAUCCUGCAGAAAUAAGGAAAUAUGAUUAUGAUCCAAAUUUUGCAAUCAGAGGACUUCAUUAUGAUGUGCACCGGGCAUUAUUAAUGAAGAUUGAUGCCUUUCAUUAUAUUCAGCUGGGAACAGUUUACAGAGGCCUCAGCGUUGUCCCAGAUGAAGAAGUCAUUGCAAUGUAUGAUGGUUCUCAUGUCCCUUUAGAACAAAUGAGUGACUUUUAUGGAAAGAGUUCACAAGGAAAUACAAUGAAGCAAUUCAUGGAUAUAUUUUCCUUGCCAGAAAUGACACUCCUUUCUUGUGUGAAUGAAUACUUUCUGAAAAACAACAUAGACUAUGAGCCUGUUCAUCUGUACAAAGAUGUCAAGGAUUCAAUCAGGGAUGUCCACAUCAAAGGAAUAAUGUACAGAGCAAUUGAAGCAGAUAUUGAGAAAUACAUCUGCUAUGCCGAACAAACUCGUGCAGUGUUAGCAAAGCUGGCUGAUCAUGGCAAGAAGAUGUUUCUCAUCACAAACAGUCCCAGCAGCUUCGUGGACAAAGGCAUGAAGUUCAUAGUUGGCAAGGACUGGAGGGAUCUCUUUGACGUGGUCAUUGUACAGGCUGAUAAGCCAAACUUUUUCAAUGAUAAGCGAAGACCAUUUCGGAAGGUGAAUGAAAGAGGAGUGUUGCUUUGGGACAAAAUUCAUAAGCUGCAGAAAGGUCAGAUUUACAAACAGGGUAACUUGUAUGAAUUCUUGAAGCUUACUGGCUGGAGGGGCUCUAAAGUUCUCUACUUUGGCGAUCACAUUUACAGUGACUUGGCAGAUUUGACCCUGAAGCACGGCUGGCGCACUGGUGCAAUUAUUCCAGAGUUACGAUCAGAGAUUAAAAUCAUGAACACAGAGAAGUACAUUCAAACCAUGACCUGGCUGCAAACCUUGACAGGAUUACUGGAACACAUGCAGGUUCACCGUGAUCCUGAUUCACAAAUGAUUUUAGAAGAGUGGAAGAAGGAAAGAAAGGAAAUGAGGGAGAUGAACAGGAAUUUCUUCAACGCACAGUUUGGAAGCUUAUUCAGAACUGAUGAGAAUCCAACUUAUUUCCUAAGACGUCUCUCUAGAUUUGCGGAUAUCUACAUGGCAUCAUUGAGUUGCCUCUUGAACUAUGAGCCUGAUUACACGUUCUAUCCAAGACGGACUCCUUUGCAGCAUGAACUUCCUGGCUGGUCAGACCAGCUGUGCACUGGUACAUUCAGAAUACCUUUCCUACAAGAGACAGUUCAGAUCAAAUAA